AUGGCGAAGCCGACGUCAGUGGAAGAACUCAGAAGAUUCUUAGGUAUGGUUACAUAUUAUGCAAGAUUCAUUCCUAACAAUUCAAGUAAAACUGCUCCUCUUCGUCAUCUGCUGAAAAACAAUGUCAGAUUCUGUUGGGCAGCUUUCAUCAAACUCAAACAAGAAAUUGCCAGUGACCAAGUUCUUAUGCCUUUCAAUCCAUCGUUACCAGUGCAACUUGCAUGCGACGCAAGUCCUAAUGGUGUUGCUGGAAUAUUGUUACACGUUGUGGAUGGUGAUAACCAAGGUGUGAAGUUUUUGCGCAAAUUCAAGCAACUCCUCAACCCCGCACAAGUGUUCGAUCUCAUUUCAACCGGCCCUCGCCUUGGCCUAAGACUGUUUAGACACUUUGAUCCAUUCCGAAUAUUAGUUUGUAGCGGAGACGGUUCAGUUGGCUGGGUUCUUUCUGAAAUAGAUAAGUUAGAUAUGCAUAAGCAGUGCCAAGUAGCAGUAUUACCCUUAGGAACCGGAAACGACUUAGCCAGAGUAUUAGGAUGGGGUUCUUCCUGCGACGACGACACCCACCUGCCCCAAUUAUUAGAGAAGUAUGAAAAAGCAAGUACAAAAAUGUUGGACAGGUGGAGCAUAAUGGCGUUCGAACGGACGAUAGCGAUGCCUAAAUUAUCCCUCACCCCCGGCCUGCCGGAAGGUCAAUUACACACCCAAAUUAGCCAGUACGAAGACUCUCUAAUUACGCACUUACAAAACAUUCUCCAAUCUGACGAAACUUCCGUUAUUCUGAAUUCAGCGAAGCGAUUAUGCGAAACUGUGAAGGAUUUUGCCACGCAGCUGGUGAAAAGUUCACUGACGCAAGGUGACGAUCAGCUAGCCAAAAAGUGUGAUAUUUUGCAACAGAAACUGGAACUUUUACUGAAAACGCUUACUAGUGAACAAAUAGAUGCACAAAACAUUCACGCUGACGAAGAAAGUAACGUUUCUAGUCGACCAACAGAAGAUACAGACAGCGAAAUGUCCUACGACAAAAUGAAAACGGAAAAGGUCGAAAAAGAUCUCAGCAACUUCAAUUUUAGGAAACACAGGCGUACUUCUAGGUUCAUGGAAAGGGAAAAAGACGCCCUCCUCAACCGAGCGAACAGCCUGAAACGGGCCAUACGAAACCUAGUCGAGCACACCGAGCAACUAGUCGAAGAACAAAACAGACAAUCAUCCUCAGCAAUACCCACCGUAAAAAUAUCUUUGAGUACAGAUUUAGAUAAGAUCGACCCGAUCAAGAUGGACUCUCUGAAAGUGAUGCCGACGAUUGAGGCGGGGGGGAGCGUCGACACGAGUUCGUGCCCCUCUCCGACCAGUUCCAUCCUGACGUCGAGGUUAGCGAACAUUUCUCCUCUGCCGGACGUAAGGAGAGAUUCCACAAUCGAAGGAGACGAUCUAUUACCGCUCCCCGUACCCGCCGAUUUUGCUGAUAGUCGGAGGGCGAGUCAAAAUCAGCAGCAAAUGAGUGCGGAAGCUUCGAUAGAGAAAGUUCUCCAAGAGACCGCAUCAACCCUGAGAAAGAUAGGAAUCCAAAAAACGCCAAUCGAAGAAGAAAGCGAAACCGACAAAGACCAACGUCAUCAUCGACGAGAAAGUACUAAAGACGACGUCGCAGAAGACGAAAAAGACUGUAGUAGCAUCUUAUCGGCAAUAUCGAACGAGGAAGUGAGCAUAACUUCCGAAAUAAUGGACCAAAAAUCGUUCGCGCCUCGCAAAGACAGCAACGGUGAGGACAUGAACGGUCACAUAUGUCACAUUGACUCCCCAGAAACAGACACUUACCCCAGUUCGGACGUCAUCCACGGUGAGUCUUUAAUGGACGAUAUUAGUUCCAUGUUAGGUGAGGUGUACGGAUACGGGCUGGAUAGCGUUGAAAAUACCUACACUGACGACACGACGUUGUUUCCGAGCGAUAUAGAAAGAAAACUGAGUUUGAAGAGAGACUCACUGGAACGGAGAAGGCGCAGUUCAAGGUCUAAAGUGGAUGCUGUCCAAGCGGAGGAUGAGACUCAAUUUGGUUUCGAAAAUCGUGCCUUUAUUCCCCAACAAAUAUUUUUAGAUAACAAAAUCGACAAGGACCAUAAGAUCGAUAAGGAGCCUCGGUACUGCAGCUUGGCCAAGUUUGUCGAAGGUAAUGAUAUAGCUAGGAAAUCUUUCAAGAGGCGUUCAACGAAGGUAUCAAAAACAGAAGCAAACGUCACAAGGCAAACCACUCUACUGGAAGAGGCGGAAGUAUCAACGCCUACCAGCCACAGGGGCAGCAGGAGUAGUCUCAACAAACUCGAGAAAGAACUGUCCAACGUAUCCGCGAUCACCGUCAAGAUGUCGGAGGAUGAUAGGGAGAAGGAUGAGAUAAACAUUUUGUUCCCCGCUUCAUUCCAGUGUAAAUUUCCCCAAGUAAGCGUGAUAGUAGAACCUCCCUCUCCCGUUCUAACCGAGCAGAUCCGGUCAGAGCGUUUAGAGCAUAUCCGAAUAGAAAUCGAAGGAGAAAUAGACCACGAUCUAGACCUCCUAUGUUCAAAGGCGGACCGCCAAUCGAAUUCCGAUCGUCUCUCCGGCAGCGACAAAACACCAAGCAACAACAGCUCCAGUUCGAACCUGCUGGGCAUCAGCAACGAGCAGUUCCUCACCAGGUCACCGGCCGCCACGCGCAGGAUCUCCUGUUGCAGCAUGCUGAAUCCUGCGGAGGCGGCGGCAUUGGCCGCAGCGGCGGCUACCAGUAAGUUUUACAGCGACGCCAGUGAGAAGAGAGACGGGGACAAGAAGGAGGAGAACAGGAAGAUGCCCAUCAUCAAUCCGUUGGUGAGGCUGCCCACAUGGCCCAAUGUGACUGCAGGAGGGGGUUUCAUUAGUAAAUGCCUCCUUGCUAACGCGGACACCCUGUGUGCUGCGGUGAGUCCUCUUAUAGAUCCUGACGAAACCCUUUCGGAAGGAUUCUACGAGCGGUGCGUCAUGAACAACUACUUUGGUAUCGGCAUUGAUGCCAAAAUAUCGCUGGAUUUCCAUCAUAAGAGGGAGGAACAUCCGGAAAAGUGUAGGUCGAGGGCGAAAAAUUAUAUGUGGUAUGGAGUAUUGGGGAGCAAGCAGUGGCUGCAGAAAACUUACAAGAACUUGGAACAGCGAGUGCAGCUAGAAUGUGACGGACAGAGAAUCCCACUGCCAAGUUUACAAGGAAUUGUGAUAUUGAACAUUCCCAGUUUCAUGGGUGGAAUAAAUUUUUGGGGCGGAACGAAAGAGGGUGAUUUAUUUUUAGCUCCAUCAUUCGAUGAUAAAAUUUUGGAAGUUGUCGCUGUGUUUGGAUCUGUGCAAAUGGCGGCCUCUAGACUGAUUAAUCUCCAACAUCAUCGAAUCGCACAAUGCCAAAGUAUCCAAAUCAAUAUUUUAGGAGAAGAAGGAGUUCCGAUCCAAGUAGACGGCGAAGCUUGGAUCCAACCACCUGGCAUCAUCCGCAUCUUACACAAGAAUCGAAUGCAAAUGCUUUGUAGGAAUAGAUCGUUAGAAAACUCCCUGAAAUCCUGGGAGGAGAAACAACGACAUAGCGUGUCUGGUCAAGGCGCGAAACCGAGGCCUUCGAUAUCCCACGACAAAGGUCGCAGUAGCCUCAGCAGGCAGAGCAUGCCCGCCCACGACAAGUCAUUCCUGGGCGUCAAUAUCGAGAAGAUCAGGCAGCACUCCUUCAGCGGGGCCGUUCCCACGCAGCACCCGGAGAAGGAGAAGCACACGGUGACGUUCGUUGACAGGCCUCCGGAAACCGCCGAACCGGACGUUGCGUUCUCCGAAGAGGAGCACUAUCUGCUCAUCAACUUCAUCGAAUGCGUGACGACUCUCACGAAAUGGAUCAAGAUUUUAGCUAUAAGUUACAGUUUAGAAGUUGAUUUAUACACUCUCGCGACCAAGGUAGACACUUGUCUUGAGAACAUUCACCCGAACGGGAAAAUUCUUGAGGGACCACGACUGCGUGAGGAAUUCACGAAAUUGGUGACCGCCGUCAAGCAGCUUUACGAAGAGAGCUGCUGCCUGCUUCACGACCGAGGGGAUAAGCUGAAGCUGCGGGAAGACCUGGAGAGCAAGCUGAGCGCCAGUCUGGCGAAUACCGAGCUCGAAAUGAGGAAAUGCGUCAUGUACGACAAAUCGUCUGGAGCGUUGGUUUAUUUGCAAGCGUUGCAGGGAGACCAGAUGGAGCACAAACGGAAGGGUCUAUUCUGGCUUAAAUUUCGAGGAAAAGGCUCAUCAUCUCAACAGUCGAGCCAAAAGAGGGAAGUUUCUUCUUGGGGUACCCAAGAAGUUGCGACAUGGUUAGAGACCCUUCAACUCUCGGAGUACAUCGACAGCUUCGAGAAGAACGACAUAAGAGGCAGAGAACUUCUCACAUUGGCCAGGCGAGAUCUGAAAGAACUAGGAGUUACCAAAGUGGGUCAUGUCAAAAGAAUACUGCAAGCCAUUAAGGAUUUGACACAAGGUUUAUAAACAAGUAGCAUAAGUUUCUGAUAAAUGUAUACCCCAGGUCUUAACAUGUUGAUACAAUAUCAGAAUAUUUGAGUCUGAAAUGUUCAGGGAGAGAUUCUUUCUUCACGAAUAUAACAAUGCAAAUCUUCGCUAUCAUUCCAUAGUUAUACUGAUUCAGAACAUUAUUACUAUGAUAUCUCAAAUGUAACUUCAUAAACUAAACGUUGGAGGUAAAGAUACUUAUUAUUUGUUUUACUUCAUUUUUAGGUACACAUACAGUGUGACAUACUUAAGAUGAAGACGCCCCUGUAUUAUUUUAGUCAUUUUUGAAGGCAGAUAUUUGAUUUUUCGUUACAGGCAUGGACUUUUCUGGGCCUUACUUUUCGCAAUACUCAGCCUGAGUGACAGCCUGAAACCCAGCCUACUGCGUUCCUGUAAAAAGGGCAAAUUCUCGAUACUGAGACAAUUCGAUUUUCAAUUAUCGGAAAUCAUCGACUUUAUGUUGAUGAUAGACACUAACUUG